AAACAGUAGCUCAGCUUAGUUCUGAAUUGUGUGGAGUGUCUCCAUCAUUGCUAAGUAAUCUAAUCUUUGACUCCAUAUUUUAUUCCUUGCCUGCUUGUUUUAGCUAUUUGGUUCGUCAUGUGAAGUAGUCAGUAGUUUAAUUCUUCAAGCUAUCUGCUUUUGGUUCCCAACAGUGAAAACCUUCUUGACCUGUAUGCUGCUCGAUUAUUUCCUUUUGUCCUAGUCUGGUCUGCUUGUUCAGUUUUAACUAGUGCUAAAUAUUGGUUCUUUAGCUUGACUUGUUCUCAGCCAGUAGCUCUUCGAAUUUGUUAACUUAAGGGUAACUCUCUAAAUUCUGUAUACACUUUAUUCCGUUUAGUAACAAGUAAUUCCAAUAUGACAUCAUGGGGACUCCACACAUAUUUGAUUUGGCAUUUUGGAAUCUCAGCAUUCCUCAAUUUUUAGAUUCCUCGGAAAUAUUCCUUUUUUUCCUGAGAGAUCAGGCUAGCAGUUUAUUAUCACAGUCUGGAUGAAUGAAUGAAUGAACAAAUCUGAGGAUGUGUUUGUAUUUUGCAUCAUGAAUCGAUCAAAUAUGAUGAAGUGUUGUAGCUAUUAAUUCAUCAGUAGCAAGUAUAUUGGUUGGGUCUUGUUCUCAAUUUUAUAGAAAAUCAAAUAUGAUGGUUCUUAUAUUGCAUUUCUUUGAUGCAGGGUACACAUGCUAAACUAGGACUUAAAUAAGGAUGGUUUGCUGUUUCCCUACUUCAAGGCCACUGAGUUGUGAUUGCCAAGCCAAAAGGAAGGGAGAUUCAAGCUCUCAAGGUUACACAGAAUAUGGCAGUAUAUCAAGAGUUAAGCUGCACAGUAAAAGGGCGGAGGGCCUGUUAUGGCCCGGUAUGGCGCGCGCCAUACCUAAAGCCCAGGGGCGGAGGAGCUGGUGGCGGCGGAGCAUCCAUGGCUGGCUCAAGAGAAGCCGCCCCCGAAGCAGCGAGAGGCGGAAGCGCGGACGGAGCACGGCGCGGCGAGGGCGGAGCAUGGUGCGGGCGAGGGUGGAGCACGGCGCGGCGAGGACGGACCGUGGGCGAGGGCGAGGGAAGAGCACGGGCGUGCCGGGGCGGACCGCGGCUCGGCGAGGGAGCGGGCUGGAGGGAGGGCCUCCUCUCGCCGGCGUCGCCCCUUGUCCCUGCCGGGGGGGGGGGGGGCACCCCUGCCCCCACCCCCUCCCCGGCUGGUCGGCUCCCAUCCCCCGGCCGUCGCGUGGGGCUGCUGCGGCGGUGGGCGGUGGCGGCGCGGGGCCUUACAUUGCCAGAUACCUCGCGGCCCCUUCCUCUGCCGGCGAGCGCGGCGCUAGAUCCCGUCAGUGGUGCGGCGCGGCGGUGAACUCGAGCUCCAGGGAGCUCCGCCGCGAUGCGUCGAGCGCCAUCAAGCUCCGUCUCUCUCCGGGCUCCGGCAGCGGCCGCCGGCCGAGGUAGCAGGGUCAACGCCGGCGACGGGGCAGCGGGAAGCGGUGGUGGUGGAGGUGGAGCGGGUCUGCACAAUUCGAGCGUGAAGAAGACGAGCAACGCAGCGGCGCGGGUGGCAGCGGUGGCCGGCGCGGGGGACCAACGGCUGGAGGCGAGGUGUGACCGGCAACACGCCGCCACACCUAAAUUUUUUGUCGUCCUC